GUACUAUUAUUGAUCGAAGGGAAGUGUGAGGUUAGUUUUAAACUGUAUACAUUGAAAAUACGAACAACAAAUUAAACAAAAAUACUAACAAAAAUCGUAAUGGCUGAUGAAACGCAGGCGAAGGUGUCUUCAAUUGUCACAGAUAUUACAAAGUCUCGGGAUAAAUACAAAGAGGUCACAAUAGCAAAUAAUGCGCCCGUUCUAAGCGAGAAAAGAAAGCAGGAGAAGGGGAAAACAAUCAGAGGUAUCCCAAAAUCUGGCAGGUUCUGGAAGUCUAAAAAAGAAAAAUUCUCGUCCAUUAAUAAAACAAAAGGUCUCAAACAAGACUUUUCCAAGAAAACGGCAUUGAGAUUGGAACUCAAGCGAACUAAGGAGUUAUCUAAGCAAGCUCUUGAACAAUUGAAAGAAAAAGAACUUAGCCGUAAAGAAAGGCGGCGUCAGAAUUUGAAAAAGGCAGAGGAGAACAGAAAGAAAUCAGAAGUAGUGCAAGUAAUAACAAACACAACAAAACUUAAGAGAAUGAGAAAGAAACAACUUAGAUUCAUUGAGAAACGAGACACUAAUAAGGAAGUUGAAAGUAGUAAAUAAAUAUAC